AUUGUCUGCUAAAAUAAACAGAUCAGUUUCUCAACUAGCCUCUACCCUCUUGUCUGAAUAUAAAAUGCAUUCUUUUAAAAUUCAGUGUAAUAAACCUGUACAUCACAAACACCACAUAUAGUCAUGUCUUCCACUAAAGUAGGUAGCCUUGUGUUACUGGGCUGUGCCCUACCUGUGGUUGAGAGAGAGGACUUUAUCUUCCCUUAGUUGCUAGAAAAAGGUAAGUCAGGUCCAAGUUGUUGAUCUUACCGCCACAGCUCAGGCACAGUUGUCUCCAACCACUCUUAUUCCCACUGACACAUGAAUCUACACCUCAACAGCAAGAAUAGGUCGGGGGAAAGCGCAUUGGUCACAGGAAUUUCAGAACAAGCUCCCUUAGCUGCCACAUCUGCUAAUUCAUUUUCUUGAAUUCUCAUGCACUUUAGUAUUGAGCAGAAUGACACUUUCUUCCCCAACCUUUGCAGUCACAGAUGCUAUCCAUGGAUGUUCUGGGCACAUUUUUCAGCUGGGUACACGAGUCAUAUAGACUGAAGAGCAUUCAGAGAGCCCAGGAUUAUAAAGAAUUUCUAGGCACAAAUAUGUCUCAUUUGCUACAGUGCCCUAAAAUCGGCAUGUAAUUCCAUAUCAAAUACAGUGAAUUCAUUUAGUAAAUCGAUCUUGAAAACAUGCUCACAGAAAACCACUCAGAAGCCAACAGACUCCCUCUGCUUAGAUUCAACAGUAAGCACAGCUAUAUACCAGGUGGUUGUAAUUAAACUUUUCCUAUUUAACACAUUAUAACACUGAAAAUAAUUACCGUACAUGUACCAAACUUGCCACAGUGCCACCAUCCAGUUCCAACUAUGGCCACCAGGUGCCGUGAUCAGUCAUCGUGAUUCAUAAUCUCACACACCUGACCAAUCGCAGUUGAUGUGUCAACAUGAGCAUGGACAAAAGGAGUAGGCCCUUAUGGGUGAAGCUCUGUUAUCAAAACAACAGUAAUGCUGCAGCUGCACUUCAAAAAUAUCACUGGCUGAAAGGAUUACAGAAGGGUCAGCUUUCUCCACCCGCCCUCUCCGAGGGACAUCACCUUGACAAAGCACUGUCCGUGCGGGUGGAGGGGCUUGCAUAUCUGUGCGAACCUGAGGGCUAUGCCAAAGGAUCAGACUAAGAGUGUCCCACAACGUCCCAUCUUCCCUAUCCACUCCUAGUCCUAUCCUAUUCCCUGACCCAACCCAAGGCGUGAUGCGAUCCAUGCUAAGGGAUGCGUGGCACAUGGGAAGAUGGGUUGCAAACGGAGCCUCGGGGAUACCGGGCGACCUCCCUGAGUAAUUAGCCUUACACCACGUGGGGUAUUUGUAGUGUGGACCUUCUAGAUCCCCAAAUCUCGUGGGACGAACAUGGAAAAAGAAAAAGAAACUGAGGGGCAAAUUCAGACGUCAGAUACCAAAACAUCGGAGACUGAACUGAUGGAAGGCAUUUCCACUACUGAAUCAGGGUCUAGACCUGAGCCAGAAGUGGGAACUGUAACCGAGAAGCUAGACCAGAUUAAGAUCAAAGGCUUGUCUGGGGCCCAAAGGAGGUAGCUACUCAGGGAACAGAGGAAAGAGGAAGGAAAAGAAUGGCUUCCUAAACACAAAUGGAGGAAAGUAAAGGGACUAGAACCCAAGACACCCAGGAAAAACUGUCUCUGGUUGAAGGGGACAUGCAGACCCCAACAACGUCAGACAGGUAGUAAGCGGAUAAGGGAGGAACCAAGGACUCCCUCCUCCCUGGAUAAGCGAGUCCAGAAAAAACCGAGGCAAGAAAUAGGGAAACAGACCUAUAGUACUGCAGUCUCGGUUUUUAGGACGGCAGUUAUCCAGGAAGGUUAUCCACUGGUGGCCAUCACCUCACAGCAGGAGGAACUAGUACAGAGGGCCCUCUUUGAAUAGAUUGGGAGGGACGCUGGCCCAGGUCCCAACUUCAGGAGGGUCUAUCUAGAUUGUGGUGCACUCAUUUUUGUCUGUGAAGGGAUGCACACAGUAGAAUGGCUCAAGGACAAGGUGCCCAUGAUAUCCCUGUGGGAAGAUGCGAAGCUGCUGGUCAAGACGGCAGCGGAGCUUCUUAAGACCGCAAAGAUAUCACUACGGGUACCCAAGAUCCUUAAGGAAGUCUCUCCCAAGACUCUGUUUAGGAAAAUAGGGGCCAGAACCCAAAGGUCCCGACAGAAGACUGGAGAGUGAUUAACCAGAAGGUUGCUCCGGAAGGACGAACCCUGAUAGUGGAAGUUGGUGAGAAGUCCCUGAAGGCGAUGCAACAACAGGACCUGAAACUGUUUUUAGGGUUCUAGCAGGUCACCGUCAGGAUUCUCAAAGACCUCACAGAUGGCAGAAGACAGAGCCUGGAGGUGCUGCAGAUUAAUCUGCAGCACAGUAAAGGGGCCUCUGCUGCUCUGAGCUGCUGCCUGGGGAGACAAGAAGUGGACUUGACCCUGAUACAAGAACCCUAUUUAUACAAAGGGGGUGUAUUGGGCCUCAGAGGCACUGGAGGUAAGCUGAUCUAUGCCAUGAAUCUAAGAAACUCCAGAACAUGCAUCUAUGUUAGAAAUGGCAUUUCUUCUCUAGGGACUUAGUGACCAUCAAAAUGCAGCAAUGUGAGGAAGGUAUCACGAGGGAAAUUAUGUUGGCCUCAGCAUACCUUCCUUAUGAAGACAGUUCUCCCCCUGCCUUGGAGGUGAGGAGAUUGGUAGAGACUUGCCAUCAGCAAUGUGACCAACUGCUGGUGGGGAGCGACGCCAAUGCCCACAACUUAGUGUGGGGCAGCAAGGACACCAACAGUAGAGAUGCUGCUUUAUUUGGAGAUGGGCAUGAUAGUGAUACAGAUCCCCAUUUUGUUCCCAGAAGUGAUAAUGAAACUAAAAGUGAAAGGGAUGAAAGUUGUACCCUGAUAUUCAGAGCUGGAAUACUAGAAGCUGAAAUGGCUGGGGGAAUUAUCGUGGAUUUACCGGACAAUGCAAUACCACCACCAAUGCAACAUGGCUCGAAAUAUCAUGCAUCUAAGGAGAGUACAACCACAACUGUCAUUUUAAGUGUAAUGAAAAUAUUCCACACGAGCAAAGGCAAGUCAUAUUUGAGGCAUAAUGGAACCUAGCUGAUUGGGAACUGCAAAUGCCCUACAUCCACAUUGCUGUAGAAUUGAAUCCUAUCAAAAGGCGAAAAAAAUUAGCUGUAAGUAGAAAAGACAGGUCAGUUACGCACAACCUUUAAGGCUACAGAAUUUGCAGAGCUUUUUUUCUAAGAUCCCGUGAUGUAUCAAACAAAAGAGUAAGAAAUAAUAUUCUGAAAAAGAAAGAAAACCCAUCUGGUGCGGCUCUGCGAGACAAAGGAGGUAAAAUGGAACCUGCAAACAAAAUUUCAGCAGAAAGAGUGGCAGUUACUGAUGAACACAUUAGAAGCUUCCCUAAGUACUCAAGUCACUACCGCAGAUCAAAAGCUGUCAACAAAAAGUUCCUUAACCCAGACUUAAACCUAACAAUUAUGUACAAGCUGUACAAAGAAUCAUGUGAGGAAAGAGGAAUCAUGCCUGAAAAAGAAAGCUUCUGCCGAAAAAUUUUCAAACAAAGUUUAAUUUGGGUUUUCAUAGGUCUCAGACAGAUAGCUGUGUCACUUGUGACAAGUUCCAAAUACAAAUUUUGCAUGGCACAGAAAAAGAAAAAAAGUUGGCGAUGAAACAAAAAGAAUUACACUUGAGAAAGAUGGAAGCUAUAAAAGAACUAAAAGAAAAAAGCAUCAAAAACAAGGCUAAAGAUACAGCAUCAAUUUGUUUAGACCUUCAAAGAAUGAUGCCAACACCUGCAGUUUAAAACUCCAAAGCCUAUCAUAUGCGACAAAUGUGGACAUAUAACUUAGAUGUCCAUAAUCUCAAAGACGAUAUCGGAAACAUGUACAUGUGGCAUGAGGGGCAAGCGAACAGGGGGUGUCGGGAAAUAAUGAGCUGCCUUCUAAAAUACAUUAAGACCCUCCCUAGCUACAUCAAACACAUUGAGGCAUUUACCAACAAUUGUGGACGCCAGAACAAGAGCCACUUGACAUCAAAAUUUUGGUUGUACAUAGUAAGAAACACAGGCAUUGAGACAAUCACUCAGCAUUACUUUGUACCUGACCACAUGUACAAUGAAUGUGACUGAGACUUUGGGCACACAGAGAUCAAAAAGAAAAAAAAGCAACAGAGACAUGUAUGUUCUGGACGACUGAGUGAGCCUAGUAGCGUCAGCCAAUUGGAAGUUUAUUGUAACUAAAAUGAGAGAUGAAGACUUUGUUGAUAUUGAUGCCCUGAACAAUGCUUUCCCCAGUAAAAGGCAUUAGAAAAAUUCAAAUUCUUAAAUUUAAGAAGAGUACUCCAGGCAUCCUACACAACAAGUAUUCGGCUCUAGAGCCAUACAGUCAACUUAGCCUGAAACAAAACUAUCUGCAAAGCUCCCAACUCUACAACCAACAACAACAACAACAACAACAACAACAACAACAAAGCAUAAACUACAACCACAAAAAGUAAAAGACCUGACUGAGCUGCUCCAGUUCGUAUUACCUAUCCAUCAUCCCUUUUAUUUGGAGUUAAAAAAUGUAACCACUCGGCCUCAAGCCCAAGCAGCAAGUUGGCAUGAUGAAGAGGCAGAACUAAGCGACAGAGAUAAAGAAGAUGAAGCUCUGGACAAUGUUUAUAGAACUGAUGAGGAUGAAUGAAAAUGAAAAUUUGUAUUUUGUUUCACCUUUUAGAUUGUAUGUUUUUUGAUUGAGCUUUAUUUUCUGUAAUACCAAUUUU